AUAAAAUCACGCUACAGAGACACUGAGAGAUUAGACACAACAACCAAAAAGGGCUUUGCAGAAGCACCAUCAUGCUCAUUCAAGCUCAUUGCUCCACACUCUCUCCUGUUUCUCUCACAAACGCUACCCGCCAAUUCCCUAUCAUCUCCCGCCCUGCCCCUUUUAAUGUGUAUCGAUCGAAUGGAGCUGUGAGUUCGUGGCUGGGGAGGAAAAAGAACCGGGGAGUGAUAGUUUCGGCUUCUGAGGAGCAGAGCUCAAGCCCCAAUUUGCAGAAGAGAAGAAAGAUCAUCGAACACAUAUGUCUGCUCAAAUCGAAGGAGGAUUUAUCUGAUGAGGAAGAGAAGGAUAUGCUGGAUUAUCUGUAUACAACCCAGUAUCAAAUGAGAGGCAUUGUUGCAAUAUCAUUAGGACGUAUCGGUAAUCAAAAUCCCGACAAGUAUAGCUACGCUUUCUACCUGCGUUUCCAGAGAAAAGAAGACCUUGUAAAGUUUUACCAACAUCCUUUCUACUUGGGAGUUCUCAAGGAUCAUGUAUCGCCUUACUGCCAUGAAUUGCUAAAUGUAGAUUAUGAAUCUGAAGUAGAAGAUGAUAUCCUGCCUAUAUUUCGAAAAGGAGAGGAAUUCAACUUUGGUGUGGAGUUUGUGCUUCUGAUUUCCUUCGUCAAUAAUGCAUCUGAUCAUGUGGAAGAUGCAUUGGUUUCUUUGGAAGGGCUGCUGAUGGGAUUCCAAUCCUUGAUUGUCCAAUCUACUCAAGGUGUGAAUUUUAACCCCAGCAGCAAGGAGUAUACACAUGGAGUAGUGAUCAGAUUUCGGUCGUUUGAUGCUUUUGAGAUAUUUUUCGGAAGCUCAGAAUACAAAGACUUAUGGAAGUCAAAGUUCGAGAAAAUCACUCAGAAAACACUUUCUGUCCAUUUUCUAAUUCAACCAGUGGGUAGUGAGAUCAUGUAGCGAGGAUCCCAUGAGGGUUUCAACAGGCAUUCUUGCUCACUUUCUUCUGCUAUUGGCAAGCAUGUGCAGGCCAGUUAAUCACCUUUUACUGAGUGCAUUGAUUUAAAUAAUCUGUAUUUAGUACUUUUUUACAAACGCUGUCUUGUCUAAAUGGAAAGAUGUCGAUUCCGUUUCUUCAAGGCUCUACUGGGAAAUUGAAAUUCAAGCAAUAUAAUCAGUCCAAUUCUUAGUGACUAUAAGAGAAAACUGACUACUAUUUGAAGAUGUGAAAGUUCUGUGUGAUAAUUCUUAUCUGUCUUCAGGAGUUCUGGGUAGGUCUGACUCAAAAACUUCCACAGUUCUUUCUCCCUAAUUGAAUAAAAAAAACCUUCUUUCCUGGAUAAAUAUGAGUCGCAUGUUGAACAAUUUCUACCUUCUCAUUUGUCCUUCCUCACAUGGAAGUUACAUCAUAGAAACCUUCCAAAUGUAUUGUUUGACCUCAUUGGCAAAAACUU